GCAUUUGGCAAUGGAGGUAUCGAGCAGCGAUUCCAUGUCAGCUCUCGCCUCCAAAAUAUGCAAUCAAAUCAACUCCGUUUUCACCAAACCCACAUCCACCCCAUCUCCAUUGGAUGUCAUGGUUAAAGAAAUAGCUGCCGUCGCCGGCCGCCGUGGAAAAGUCUUCGUCUACGGAGUAGGCAGAGAAGGUCUGAUGAUGAAAGCCCUAUGUAUGAGGCUCGCACAUUUAGGUCUUUCCACCCACUGCGUCGGUGACAUGACCACGCCACCGAUCUCCUCCUCUGACCUCCUUAUCGCGUCGGCAGGUCCUGGUGGUUUCUCCACCGUUGAUGCCAUUUGUGGUGUCGCGAAAUCGAACGGCGGUCGCGUGUUACUUCUCACCGCACAGCCGGAGUCAGGAUCGUCUGUUAAGUAUGCAAGCGUGGUGGCGCAUGUCCCAGCUCAGACGAUGGCGGAUGACGGUGGCGAGGUGGAAGGAACAACACCAUUGCUUCCGAUGGGGAGUAUAUAUGAAGGGUCAAUGUUUGUGUUGUUUGAGAUGGUGGUUUUCAAAUUGGGUUCGGUUUUGGGUGAAAAUCCCGAUGAAAUCCGUUCUCGCCACACCAAUUUAGAGUAAGAAGCAAUAAUUCUUGUGGUCUAUUUCCCAUGAAUUUGUGUUUAGGGUUUGUAGAAUCGUUUUCUUGCAGGUGUUGGUGGAAAAGAAGAUGUGAAUCUAUAAUUCUUAGUUAAUUAUUCUGCUGAUAAUAAAACGAUCAUUUUUUGUAGAA